AACGAACGUUGCGCCAUUACAACAGUCACAACUCACAUCCCUUAUAUCGGUUGUGCGAGUUUGAUCAUCACAGCAAUCAAUGGCCUCCACCAACAGUUGGACCCAUGAGAUUGAGUCGUCGGUCUCUGCAUCGCGCAUCUUCCGUGCCGGUGUCAUGGACUGGCACACCCUGGCCCCCAAACUCGCGCCACAGAUCGUCACCAGCGCCCACCCUGUUGAGGGAGAAGGCGGCAUCGACAGUGUCAGGCAGUUCAACUUCACCUCAGCCAUGCCCUUCAACCUCAUGAAGGAGAGGCUCGAGUUCAUUGACGUGGACAAGUGCGAGUGCAAGUCCACCCUCAUCGAGGGUGGUGGCAUAGGCACGGCGAUAGAGUCGGCCACCUCGCAGAUCAAGGUGGAGCCGACAACCAACGGUGGGAGCUUAGUGAAGGUGGAAUCGACAUACAAGCUGCUGCCAGGCGUGGAGGUGAACGAUGAGAUCUCCAAGGCCAAGGACUUUGUGACGGCCAUUUUCAAGGCUGCCGAGGCCUACCUUAUCGCCAACCCGGAUGCCUAUAACUAAAUCAGUUGAGAGAGAUCAUAUAUGAUUAUACAUUCCCUAGUUUGAUUUUUGCGUGCUUUCUUCCCGAUCUAAUAAAGUUUCUCCAACUUCCAAGUAGCGAAAGCAAGAGAGAUGACGACGGUGUGGACUAGAGAAGUCUAAAAUGUUUGUAUUUGUAACAAUUAUCAAUGGGUGUUGUUGUUUGAUGA